AUGUCGAUCGCAAAGCCAGUCCUCAUCUCCGGCGCAGGUAUCGCUGGCCUAAGCCUGGCGCGCUCCCUUCGUUCGCACAAGAUACCAUUUGUUCUGUAUGAGCGCGACUCAGUCGGCGCGUCGCGAACGCAGGGCUACCGGAUCCGCAUAUCAUCCCAGGGCCAAGAUGCGCUAAGAGCCAUCAUGAACGCGGACGAUUACCGCCGCUUCGAGGCAGGAUGCUCAGACAAUGGGGCAGGCAAGAUUACGCCCCUCGACGCCGUCACUUUGAAGGCCAAGACUUCUGGCGGUCCGUCGGGCGGCGCUCCGGGAGGGGGAAAGGUGCUCGGUGUGGACCGAGCAUUCCUGCGCAACCAGUUGUUCGAGGGCAUCGAGGACGUGGUGCAAUUUGGGAAGCACACCAUAGGAUACGCGCUCACGGAAUCUGGGGUCAUCGCCAAGUUCGCCGACGGAUCUGAGAGUCCGGAGGGCAGCCUGCUCGUCGGCACGGACGGCGUGCAUUCGGCCGUCACGAAGCAACUUACGAAGGGCCAGUUGAAGGUGUUUGACACUGGCGCGCGCAUGAUUCACGGAUCCUCCCCGUUCGCCUCCUUCGCGGGGCUGGGCGUGGGCGUCUUCUCCCUAUCCGAGGACUCGGAGAAAUAUGGCAAGCUCGCCAUGAUCACCAACGUCAGAGAAGGCGAGGAGAAGCUCGGCUGGGUGCUGGUGGGUCAGCCUGGCUCGUUCUCAGCACCGAACGAUGACUUUUCCCUCUCUGGAAAGCCGGCGGCCGACCUAUCGAAGGAGAUCACGAGCAACUGGUCGACCAAAGUCAGACCGGUACUCGACGACCAGGUAGUCGAAGAGGCCGCGUUUCUGAAGAUGGCCACGUCAGACCCGAAGGGUGUCCCUGAGUGGGAGCAGUCUCCCCGUGUCACGCUGAUGGGUGACGCCGUCCAUGCGAUGACACCAGCUGGUGGCGUCGGUGCCAAUGUCGCCCUUCGCGAUGCCGAGUUUUUGGGAAGGUUAUUGGGCAGCAAGGGUGGUUGGUGGAAUGGUGUGACCGAAGCUUUCGAAAAGGAGAUGAGGGUGUAUGCUUCAGAGAACGUCAAGCACAGCUUUGAAACCGCAUCGAGGAUGUUCACCAUCAAGGAUUUGAAGAGGACGAUCAACUGA